CAAUUUCUUAGGGACCUACCUUUACAGGAAGUAAGUCGCAUACGGCGCGUUGUGGUUGUGUACAUGCGUAACUGUUCAACGGCAGUAAGAGCUGAAAUGAAAAUAAAGUCGUCAUUAUAGCUGCUCGAGAUGGCCACGAUGGAGAAAGAAACCCCCUCUAAAAAAGCUGCAGCGCCUUCUGUGUCUCAGAUUAAUGCAGAAUAUGUCACACAGUUGGCUAAUAAGUAUUGGGCUCCCCAUGCAAAGAAUAAACUACCCUUUGACCCUAAGGUGAUGGAAGAUAUUUACGAAAAAGAGAUUCUCAAGUCCAAAUUUGCCAUCAGAAAAAUUAUGCUCCUUGAGUUCAGCCAGUAUCUUGAGAACUACCUGUGGGUGAACUACACUGCAGAGGUAUCCAGCAAUGCCUACCUCAUGUCCAUUUGUUGCAUCGUCAACGAGAAGUUCAGAGAGAAUGUCCCAGCUUGGGAGGUGUUCAAAAAGGAGCCAAGCCAUUUCCCAUUCUUCUUUAAAUGUGUGAUGGAAGCUGUAUUGGCAGGCGACGAGGCUGGCCUCACUCUGAAGGAGCAGACUGUGCUGCUGGUCUUCCUGGACCACUGUUUCAACAGUCUGGAGGUAGAUUUGAUCAGAGAGCAGGUGCAGCAGCUCAUCUCCCUGCCUAUGUGGAUGUGCCUCCUACCAUCCAGACUCCAACACGAGCUUAAGAAAGUCCCAAAGCUGCAGAAAUUCUGGAAUCUAAUCAAGAAGAAAUUUGAUAAGAUGGAUGCUGACGCAGCUGAGCAGGCAAAUAAAGAGAGGACCUUCCUCUCGGCUCUCAUUAAAAAGUUUCUUGGGGUGCUCACGUCAAUUCCGCCAUCAGGACCUGUAUGCAUGGACAAAGUACAUUACUGUGAGAGAUUCAUUGAACUCAUGAUAGAUUUGGAGGCCCUGCUGCCUACCAGACGUUGGUUCAAUACCGUGUUGGAUGACUCUCACUUGGUGGUCAGAUGCCACCUGUCCAGCCUCACUGAGAGAGAAAAGGAGGGCCAUCUCUUCUGCCAGUUGCUGGACAUGCUGAAGUUCUACACAGGCUUUGAGAUCAAUGACCAGACAGGAAACGCACUGACGGGGAAAGAGAUGACCACUCUGCACUAUGACAGAAUCACCUCCCUGCAGAGGGCAGCUUUUGCUCAUUUCCCAGAGUUGCAAGACUUUGCUCUGUCCAGCGUAGCAGCAGUGGACACUCGCGAAUCCUUGACCAAACACUUUGGCCACCUCAGUCCCAAUACGCUCCACCAGGUGGCCUCAUAUCUGUGCCUGCUGCCAGAGCUACCUGAAGGGCAAGACACCACCUAUGAGAAAGAGGUUCUCCUUGAGCUGCUGGUGUCCCGUCAUGAGCGCAGAAUCUCUCAGAUUGAGCAACUUAACCAGAUGCCGCUUUAUCCAACAGAGAAGAUCAUCUGGGAUGAAAACAUCGUCCCGACAGAGUACUACUCAGGCGAAGGCUGUCUAGCACUACCUAAGCUGAAUCUACAGUUCCUGACCCUCCAUGACUACCUGUUGAGGAACUUUAACCUCUUUCGUCUAGAGUCCACCUAUGAGAUCAGACAGGACAUAGAGGAUGUGGUGUGGCGUAUGAAACCAUGGCAAUCAGAGUAUGGCGGAGUGGUGUUUGGGGGCUGGGCCAGGAUGGCACAGACGAUCACUUCUUUUUCCAUAGUAGAGGUUGCCAAGCCCAACAUUGGAGAGAGCUGGCCUGCCCGUGUGCGAGCUGAUGUCACUGUUAACCUCAAUGUACAAGAUCAUAUCAAGCAUGAGUGGGAAGGGCUGCGGAAGCAUGACGUUUGCUUUCUGAUCACGGUGCGACCCAACCUGCCCUACGGCACGCGCUUCGACCGUCGGCAGCCCUUUGUGGAGCAGACUGGCCUGGUGUACGUGAGAGGCUGCGAGGUGCAGGGUAUGCUGGAUGACAAGGGACGUGUCAUUGAAGAAGGACCUGACCCAAAGCCUAAGCUCCGAGGAGAUGCCAGAACAUUCCGUGUGUGGCUGGACCCGAACCAGUAUCAACAGGACAUGACCAGCAGUAUUCAGAGUGGCACUGAAGACCCAUAUGAGACUUUCAACAUUAUCAUGAGACGCAAACCCAAGGAGAAUAAUUUCAAGGCAGUGCUAGAGACCAUCAGAAACCUGAUGAACACCGAGUGUGUUGUGCCAGACUGGCUUCACGACAUUAUCCUAGGCUAUGGCGAUCCAGGCAGUGCACACUACUCGAAAAUGCCUAACCAGAUCUCCACAUUGGACUUCAAUGACACCUUUCUGUCCCUGGACCAUUUACGUUCGUGUUUCCCUGGCUACACCAUAAAAGUCACAGAAGAGAACCCUGAGCUUCAGGUCUCCCCUUUCAGAAUCACGUUUCCCAUCUCAAAUAAAACUGACAAAGGAAAGAAGAGAAAGGCUGAUGAAGAAGUGGAAGACAAAGAGGAAGACAUGACAUUGACCGUUGAGCCCUAUGUUACACUCAACCGUGGCCCAUAUCCCUACAACCAGCCCAAACGGAACACAAUUCAGUUCACCCCUACUCAGAUUGAAGCCAUUCGAGCCGGGAUGCAGCCAGGACUCACUAUGGUUGUUGGACCACCAGGUACCGGAAAGACAGAUGUUGCUGUUCAGAUCAUCUCAAACCUCUAUCACAACUUUCCUGAGCAGAGGACCCUCAUAGUCACACACUCAAACCAGGCUCUGAACCAGCUGUUUGAAAAGAUCAUGGCUCUAGACAUUGAUGAGCGCCACCUCCUGCGUCUGGGCCACGGAGAAGAGGAGUUGGAGACUGAGAAGGACUUCAGCAGAUAUGGCAGGGUAAACUAUGUCCUAGCCAGAAGACUGGAGCUCCUCAGAGAGGUGGGGAGGUUACAGGAGAGUUUGGAUGUCCCAGGAGAUGUUUCUUACACCUGUGAGACUGCUGGACACUUCUACCUCUACCAGGUGAUAUCUCGCUGGGAAGAGUACAUGAGUAAAGUCAGGCCUAAACAGGGCAAGAAAGUGGAGGUGCAAGAUGUGGCAGCACACUUUCCCUUCCACAAGUACUUCUCCAAUGCCCCGCAGCCUGUGUUCAAGGGCCGGUCAUAUGAAGAGGACAUGGACAUCGCAGAGGGCUGCUACCGCCACAUCAAGAAAAUAUUUACCCAGCUGGAGGAGUUUAGGGCCUUUGAGCUGCUGAGGAGUGGACUGGACCGCUCCAAGUACCUGCUAGUGAAGGAAGCCAAAAUCAUUGCCAUGACCUGUACACAUGCUGCGCUGAAACGCCAUGACCUGGUGGAGCUGGGAUUUAAGUAUGACAACAUACUGAUGGAAGAAGCUGCUCAGAUUCUGGAGAUCGAGACCUUCAUUCCCCUCUUGUUACAGAACCCCGAGGAUGGCUACAGCAGGCUGAAGCGUUGGAUCAUGAUUGGAGACCACCACCAGUUGCCUCCAGUUAUCAAGAACAUGGCCUUUCAGAAGUACUCCAACAUGGAGCAGUCUCUCUUCACCCGAUUUGUACGCCUGGGAGUGCCGACCAUAGAUCUGGAUGCACAGGGCCGUGCACGUGCAAGUCUGUGUAACUUGUACAACUGGCGUUACAAACACCUGGGGAACCUGCCUCAUGUCCAGCAACUGCCUGAGUUCCAGGUGCCCAACCCUGGCCUGACCUUUGACUUCCAGCUUAUUAACGUAGAGGACUUCAAUGGGGUGGGAGAAUCUGAGCCCAACCCUUACUUCUACCAGAACCUGGCGGAGGCGGAGUAUUCUGUGGCCUUAUACAUGUACAUGCGUCUGUUGGGCUAUCCUGCUGACCGCAUCAGCAUCCUCACCACCUACAAUGGACAAAAACACCUGAUCAGAGAUGUCAUCAACCAACGGUGUGCUGGCAACCCCUUCUUUAGUCAGCCUAACAAG